UUUCUUACGAGGAUGACAGACUGGUGACAAAGAAAAACGGGGAGCCCCUCUGGCUUCGCUCGUCCCCCGCUAGAACUUCGCGUUUCGGGUGGACCGGCUCCUCUUUACUGGGAGAGCCGAAGAUCUUUUUUUUUUUUUUUUUUUUUAACCAUCAGGAACCAUGCCUGUACGGAGGGGUCAUGUUGCGCCACAAAACACAUUUCUGGGAGUAAUUAUCCGGAAAUUCGAAGGACAAAAUAAGAAAUUCCUCAUCGCCAAUGCCCGGGUACAGAACUGCGCCAUCAUCUACUGCAACGACGGCUUCUGCGAGAUGACUGGCUUCUCCCGGCCGGACGUCAUGCAGCGGCCGUGCACCUGUGACUUCCUGCAUGGCCAGUUCACCACCCGCCACUCGGUGGCCCAGGUGGCCCAGGCGCUGCUGGGCUCAGAAGAGCGCAAGGUGGAGAUCACUUACCACCGCAAGGACGGUUCAAACUUCCUGUGCGCCACCCACAUCAUCCCCGUGAAGAACGAAGAGGGCGUGGUCAUGAUGUUCAUCCUCAACUUUGAUUACAUCCUGGAUGAGGAAAACAGCGACUCUCUGGAAAGACUCAACCACACGUCGCCCUCCAAAGCAGACCAACGGAAAGGGAGAUUCUUUCGCUUCCGUUUCCCGGCCAUACCACUCCUGGGCAUCAGCAAGCAGUCGCUCCCCCAGGAGGACCCCGACGCCGUCACGGUGGACUCGCCGCGCCACAGCGAGGGCUCGGUGGCGACGCGCGACUACCAGCCCCCCACGACCCGUGAGAGCUGCAGCCCCUCCUACGCCAACGACACCCGCGCCCUCAUCGGCCCCAGCCAUUGCUCCACCCCCCUGUCCGGGCCCCUGGACCACUCGUCGCCCAAGGGCCCCUGGGAUCGGGCGUACCCGGAGCAGACGGUCACCCAAACCCACCAUCGGAGCAAUGAGGACACGCUGGUCGCGGCGCCGUCUAUCCCAGGCCUCACGCCGACCGCUUCCAGGGAGAGCGUGUGCAGCAUUCGCAGAGCGUCCUCCGUACAUGACAUGGAAGGCUUCGGGACCAAUGCCAAGAUGGCGUUCAGGGACAGACACGCCAGUGAAGACAAUGGGCGCAACAUUAAAGUGUCUCGCUCCUGGAUGGCCGGGGGGCCGCUCAGCCAGAUCCGGUCCAGCCUGCUGGGCUCCACCUCCGACUCCCACCUCAACAAGUACAGCACCAUCAACAAGAUCCCCCUGAUCACGCUCAACUUCUCCGAGGCCAACAGCGAGAAGAAGUGCCCCUCCCCUCCGUCUUCUGAGAAAACAAUCAUCGCUCCGAAAGUCAAAGACCGCACACACAAUGUCACCGACAAGGUCACGCAGGUUCUCUCUCUGGGGGCAGACGUGCUGCCGGAGUACAAGCUCCAGACCCCGCGCAUGGACAAGUGGACCAUCCUUCACUACAGUCCCUUCAAAGCUGUGUGGGACUGGCUCAUCCUGCUGCUGGUCAUCUACACGGCCAUCUUCACGCCGUACUCCGCCGCCUUUCUCCUCAACGACAUCGAGGAACAGAUGAGGGGCAAGUGCGGCUACUCCUGCUCCCCCCUCAACGUGGUGGAUCUGAUCGUGGACAUCAUGUUCAUCGUGGACAUCCUCAUAAACUUCAGAACCACGUACGUCAACUCCAACGAGGAGGUGGUCAGCCACCCGGCCAAGAUCGCCAUCCACUACUUCAAAGGCUGGUUCCUCAUAGACAUGGUGGCCGCCAUCCCGUUCGACCUGCUCAUCUUUGGCUCGGGAUCCGAUGAGACCACCACUCUGAUCGGUCUGCUGAAGACCGCCCGUCUGCUGCGGCUGGUUAGGGUCGCCCGUAAGCUGGACCGCUACUCCGAGUACGGCGCCGCCGUCCUCAUGCUGCUCAUGUGCAUCUUCGCCCUCAUCGCCCAUUGGUUGGCGUGCAUCUGGUACGCCAUCGGCAACGUGGAGAAGCCUUACCUGGAGCAUAAGAUAGGCUGGCUGGACAACCUGGGGGUGUCGAUAGGAAAGAAGUACAACUAUAGCGACCCCAGUUCAGGCCCCUCCAUCAAAGACAAGUACGUCACGGCACUCUACUUCACCUUCAGCAGUUUGACCAGCGUGGGCUUUGGGAAUGUGUCCCCCAAUACCAACUCUGAGAAGAUCUUCUCCAUCUGCGUCAUGCUCAUUGGAUCUCUAAUGUACGCCAGCAUCUUCGGGAACGUGUCGGCCAUCAUCCAGAGGUUGUACUCGGGCACAGCCAGGUACCACCUCCAGAUGCUGCGCGUCAAAGAGUUCAUCCGCUUCCACCAGAUCCCCAACCCGCUGAGGCAGAGGCUGGAGGAGUACUUCCAACACGCCUGGACGUACACCAACGGCAUCGACAUGAACAUGGUCCUUAAGGGUUUCCCAGAGUGCCUGCAGGCGGAUAUUUGCCUCCACCUCAACCAAACCCUCCUCCAGGGCUGCAAAGCGUUUGAAGGAGCCACCAAGGGCUGCCUCAGAGCCCUGGCCAUGAGGUUCAAGACCACCCACGCGCCCCCCGGGGACACCCUGGUCCACGGCGGAGACGUGCUCACCGCGCUUUACUUUGUGUCCCGCGGCUCCAUCGAAAUCCUCAAAGACGACAUCGUGGUGGCCAUCCUCGGUAAGAACGACAUCUUUGGCGAGAUGAUCCACCUCUUCACCAAGCCGGGCAAGUCGUCUGCGGACGUGCGCGCGCUGAGCUACUGUGACCUGCACACCAUCCAGAGGGAGGAGAUCCUGGAGGUGCUGGACAUGUACCCCGAGUUCGCCGACCACUUCCUCACCAACCUGGAGCUGACCUUUGACCUCAGAGAUGAAAAGACGACAGAUUCCAACCUGGAUGACAUCGAGGGUCGAAGACGAGUGUCCUACAAAAGGAAGUCUUCUGCAGGCUCCCACAACAAGGAGCCGGCGGCCGCCUACUGUGGCGCUAAACAAGGGAGGCGAGCCGAGGAGACGAGGGAGUCCGCCGAGGGUGGGCGGGGCGAGGAGGAUGAAGCUGCUGACGAGGAGGAGGAGGAGCAGAGGCCCCUGUGUGCCGGAGUGCUGGGCUACCCGGUGGUGAGGGACCACGGCGUGGGCGGCGGGCAGAGCGGCGCCCCAGGGGCGCAGGCUGGAGACGACGUGCACAAUCACAAGUAUCGAGAGCUCCUGGCAGACGAGUGGGGGCGCCAGCGCCCCGGCGAGGGCGCAGAGGAGUCGGCCCGGUGUCGAGGAACGCCAGCCGGGGAGAACGACAGCGACACGGACCUCACCUACGGCGAAGUGGAGCAACGGCUGGACCUGCUGCAGCAGCACCUCAACAGACUGGAGUCCCAGAUGACUUCAGACAUCCAGGCCAUCCUGCAUCUCCUCCAAAGGCAGACCACGUCAGGCCCCCCCGCCUACAGCACCGUCACCUCCAGCCCGGAGUACCAGAGGCCGGCCAUCAGGGUGCAGCCGCUGUCCGCCGUCCAGACCGAGCUCCGCCUCGACGCCGCUCCUCCUCGGCCAAAGAGCCCGGGCCCAAGAAAGUCCCUCGACAAAUCCAAAGAGCCCCCAGCCCCCCAGCGCACAGAGCCUCUCCCCGGAGGCGGCGCGGUGGAAGCGUCUAAGGGCGACGCGGCGCACACGCCCAAUGGCGUGGACUCUGUGGAGCGCCGGCCCCCGCAACAGCCGCCGCGGCCGCCGUCGGGCCGACAGGCCUCUCUGCCCGACGCCCCCGGCAGCUCAGGAAUGUUGGGACUCCACAGGCCGGUUUCUGACCCGUGGCUCCCGGGAAAGUAGGGCCCCUCCUCUGAGGGUCCUCGUUUUAAGCUCGACUCAGGGUCUAAAGGAAGAGACUGAUUAUGCAAAGGAAAACUAAUUGUGGACUUUCUUCCAUUCCUUUUCGGAUAUAUUCUCCCAGCUCUGGCCUCCCCCCUCCUCUGACUCUCUGACUUAGAUGUAUAAAGUUCAUUUAUACAGAGGUAUUUAUACACUAUAUUAUUACCGCGUGUGAAGUCGUUAUCGACUAUGUACAUAUACUGCCAGCAACACGAGGUACCCGGUGUGCUGUUUCUAUUAUGCAUGUUUUGGUUUCUUUUCUUUCUGAUCGCAUGCUCCGCACACACACACACACACACCCACACACACACCCACACACCCACCCGGGCAAUUAAGUGUGAUCUCGGCAUGCGUACAGACUACUGUAGCUAUCAAAUCUCUUUUCUAUGACUUCCCCCUCGCCACGGGGACAAAGCUACUUGAAACUCUCUCCAAGGCAUUUCUAGAUCCCACUCGACGGCUUUGAAGUUCAUCCUUUAUCGGUCACAAGCUCCAGGAGGUCUGUGUGCGUGUGUAUUCAGCGCGCCUUCUGUCGCACAACUCACUUCUUAUUCAGUUCGAAAUGACACAACACGGUGUGGUAAUAAUAAUGCGUCAACAUUUCAUAGCACAAGACAUUUUUCAUUCUGUGAGAGCAAUAAUGAUGAGCCAGUACAGGAAGAUGAUGGAGAGAAUCUUGGUACGUUAGAGUUUAAAACACUAGCGAUGGUUUUAUACAACCUGAACAAAGAGCGUCGUCAACACCAACACCAAACAAAACCUACGCCAUAGUUUGGGCUUUACAAGACUAGAGUCAUGAUUACCAUAUAGAGGUGAAUCCUUUGGCUGCCACGCUAGCGUGGUUGUAGGUUUUUGGCAGCUGCGGGAAAAAGCGUAAAGGUCAGGCAGUUUAAGGGUUUUGAUGAUUUCUACAACUGACAGAAUGAUCAGUGUACUUUUGCUCAAAGAAAAUGGUUUUCUGCCCCAUUGUGGCAGUUUUGCUAACUUGUUGAUAUCGAACCCUCUAGACGGAAAACCUCUGAAUCACUUCUAUUGAAUGUCUUUAAGGCAUCGGACAAAUUGGUACAUAGUUGUAGGGCUGGGUGGUACUUUGGUUUCAAAUUUUCUUACCGUAUGAAUUUGUCACACACAGUCUAACCGCUGCGUAGCCGUAACGAAUGAUGUCACUCCUUAGAAGCCAGCGGUUGGAGCUACUUGUGUUACUGCGAUGGUUAUAACUUUAUAACAAUUAACCCACAACUAACACGCUUAAACCCCGCGACACAGUUUGGAACAUGAAUAAUACAGAUUACACUGGCGAACUGCAUGCUGGGUACCUGUUGCCCGUCAUCACAACACGAAACGAGAGACCAGAGAUGCACCAACACAACUUGUUUCCAAGAGGAGCGAUUUUUUUUGUUGUUGCUGGUUUUUGGUUGAAAAGUCGUAAUGUACGUUAGAUCAGAUAACGAUUCAUUGCAGUUUGUCGAGCGGUUGGUAUUGCCUCUGAGGACAACACAACAGCCAACACCCAACAAACUAACUGAACAGCUUCAGGCUGAUGGUUCUUUUCUACUUGAAAAAAAAAAAUACUGUGAUAUACCGUGACACCGCCAGAAUGAUUCGAAAUACAGUGAUACUAAUUUUUGGCCACACUGCCCAGCCUUAACAAGUUUUAUCAAAAGAUCUCCAAAUCUAGACAGUAACUUCUGUUAACUUUAAUCCACUGUAUAGUAACUUUGCACUAGUGAUCUUAGGAGCUGCAUUUGCUAUUAACUUUCAAUAGCAUCAAUAUUUCAAAGAUGCAGUACUGUAAGUAGCAUGUAAGGUGUGACAUUUUUUUCUUUAUCGUAUUAAAAGGAAGGUGGUAACGUUAGAAAUAAAACUCCCAAACUGACUUGCCACAAUGCCACCUAGCAAUGUACGUAAGCCACAUCCUGAGCCUUCAUAGUCCUUGGUUGCAUGCUUUAGGUCUUCCACAGUCUUCUUAAAAGCAACUAUUUUGUAAAUAGGAAAAAAAAAAAGUAAUCCAAAAAACACGUUUCUCAUGAUAUGGACCAAGCUCUGCCUCAGAUAGCCUUAUUCUGCUUUCAACACCGUCGCAUGUAAACGUACUGGACCAUUUAGGGUCCACGACGGAUAUUAAUUUGCCAUUAUACUUUUUUAAAGUCCCACAGAAGCUCACGUAUUGCAUGGAGGCCGUACUAAACUAACAAGGUCUCUGUCAGCGCCUGACACAUUUAGAAAUAAGGGUCUGAGUGUUUUCAAUUUUGCCCUGUAUUUUUCUAUGUACUCUAUGGUUUUGAUGACGACCCCCCCGAUGUUAGAAUGCAGUGAAAAUGACGCAUGUCCUCCCAAUGUAGCAAACUGAGACUCUCAGAGCUAGAUGCUACAUGUACCGUACGUAGCUUGUCUCGAAUAUUGCACACCCAUCUUAUUUUCAUAAUCAUCUUAAGCAUUAACUCCCAAUCAAUAAAACCCAGUCAGAAAAAAGAAAUUCCAUCACUUUACUGCCAUCAGAGAUGAAGAAAUAUUAGUCAUAAAGGAUUCAAGGAGAGAACCUUUACAGGAAGAUGGGAGUUUGUUUUCCUUGAAGCUUUUUCCCCCUCGAGCACAGAUGUAGAACAAAAGUUGCUGAAGCCGAACUCGCUGAAACUUCCAUGGGAUUUGCGAACUUUUGCACAGAUUAGAAAAACUUGCUGUACAUGUCACUUUUUAAAAUCUAGUGCUGUUCACAAUUGUUCUUAUGCAUUUUUUUUAAAUGUUUGCCACUGUAUUUUAUAAAAAUGCAACACUUAACAGCUCAAUUGAAUGUCUCUGUUCUUGACUAUAUUUAAAGAAAAUGUAUUGUGUAAAUAGACUGGGGGUGGAGCACAAUUGUAUAAAUGAAUAAACAGAAUGCAUACUGAUUAAAAAGUGUUUAUUAUGAGUAACAAUAUGAUAUUUACUACAAUGUUGAUCACAUUGCAGUGUUUACAGAGGCAACAAUGAAGUUGCAGAAUGGCAACUAUUAACAAAUGUGUAUCGGCUCAGUCCCUUUGGCUUAUGUUAAACAUUAGAAAAACGUAUUCAUAUGUUUUGUCACAUAAAAAUUAAUAAGAAAAAGCACUAGCAACAGUAUGGUGAGU